AAAGUCUGAAGAUCCUCUGAUUUACUUGGGUUCAAUGAGCAUAUCACAUUGAAUUUUGUUAACGGCAACAGUCAUUUAUAACAGUUCAUGUGUUUUCAUUUGGAUAUUUAAUGCAGGAAAAGCAGUUUGUAAACAAUUUAACAAUCGGUCAUGAAUCGGAUCUUUUUGAUGUGACAAUUGUUUUGUAAAACGAAUUUAAUGGCAUCUGACAAAAUGUUGGUCAAUGACAAUGAACAAAAUAAAUAUGUAUUUCUUCGCUGAACAGUUUUUAAUUAUUUUUUUUUUCGAAUCAAUUUAAACUCGAAAAUUAUUAUUGAACCCAACGCACAUAGUCAACAUACGUAAAUACGGUGUUGACUGCUGUCAAACCGCUGUAUUUCGUUUCAACGUGUGGACCACUUCGACUGAGCCUUUGCAUCAUUGUCACAAAUGUCACACACACCAACACAUCACUGCGUACGUUCUAUUUGUUAUUCGAUGCAUUGGUGUGAUAGCGCGUUUUUUGUGUCUACCGAUAUUCAGAAAAGUCACUGCGAAUUUAAAAGAAAUUCUUCUGAUUUUAUCUGCCGAAAUCUUGACACAACACAAUUCAAACGCUGGUGAUUUUUGUGUGUGAUAAACGGAAAUUGCUUCGAAUCGAAUUGAAAAUAGUUGUGCAUCGCAAUUCAAUUGCUUUUUGAUUGUGUCAUAUGCCAGAGCUGACAUCUGGAAUCAUUACCGCACACACAUAUACACAACAGACGAUCGUGCCGCUUUUUUUUGCUCUCUACAUAUUCAAUUUAUGCAUUUUAUUUCGUCAGUGUAUUCGGUAAAGUGUUUUUUUCUCUCGCUCGCCUCGUCUUCAAAUGAAGUAGAAACUUAGCAAAUCACACCAUUCGGUACAAAAAAACACAGUUCUUUUUUUUUGUCGGUGCGCUUCUUUUGGUCGUAUUACCGAAACAGCUUUAACCAAUUUUUUUUUUGUUGGUUAGAAAUUUGUGCGUUGUCGGUGCUUGAUUGUGAAAAAACGAUUGUGAAAAGAAAAAAAAAACGACGUGCAACAUGGGCAAAAAGGACUCAUUCAAUGUUGGCGAUUUGGUGUUUGCCAAAGUCAAAGGAUACCCGGCUUGGCCAGCUAAAAUCGUCGAUAUUACAAAAUCCAAAAAGUACAGUGUUUACUUCUAUGGAACUGGAGAGACUGGUAAUGUUCAAGCUAAAGACGUGUCAUUGUAUGAAAAAACCAAACAAAAACUCGCCACCAGCAGUUCGAUGAAGAAACAGGAUUUCAAAGCGGCCAUUGAUCAGAUUGAAGAUGCGUUGCGUGGCAAUGACCCAGCACCAAAUUCAUACGAGAUUCCAUUGGAUAAAUCGAAUGCAACAUUUGACAACACAUUGAACAGCACACUCGACACGACCGGAUUCGGUGGAAACAGUACAAAGAUUGAUGAAUCACAGAUUGAAGAUGACAAUGAUGAAGGCGAAGCUGAAGAGGCUGAGGCCGAGCCCGAGCCCGAUCCUGUCGAACAAGAACCAGAACCAGAACCGGAACAAGAGCCUGAAUCAGAUGAUAAAGAUGAAGGCGUUGACACUGCCAAUGACAACGAAGUUGCAUCCGAAGCGGUUGAGGAAGUUGCAGUCCCAGUAAAACCAGAAACAGUCAAACCAGAGCCAGUUGCUAAGCCAGAGCCAGAAUUGAAUGUUACACCUGUUGUUGCCAAGGAAACGCCCAAAGCUGAGCCCAAAUCUGAGGCCAAAUCAAGUCGAAGCGGUCGUGUGAUCAAGAAAACAAAGUACCUCCAUGACGAAUUCGAAGAAUCGCCACAAGUUCCGGUUAAACGAAAACGGCCAUCAGAAAGCCAGACACCCAUUGCAAAAAUUCAGCGAAAGGCCGACGAAAUCAGCACAUCAGCUGAAAGCCAAGAUGGCGAGAUCAAAGUAUCACAAAUUAUCAUGAACGAAGUGAAUCUAUUGCAAUAUGAUGUGGAUAUCAAGUCAAGUUUGCAGUUAUCAUCGGCCGAUACAAGCCGAUGCAUUUCCGUAUUGGAAAAGUACAAGAAUUUGGAGGUGACCGCAUUAAUGCUCAAGAAAAAUCCACAAGUGGCCGAAACGAUUAAGCGUUUGCGUCGAUAUGUAGGCAAUACAAAAGAGUGGAACUUCACCGAUGAACAGCGUAUCGAAUUCAAUGAUAAAGCCACGAAAAUUCGCAAAUUGGCUGAAAUCAUCUACAAAAAUUUCAAAAAACUCUUUUCGUUCCCGCCUCAUUUGUCGUUCUGGCAAGGGUUUACCGAUGAAGUGCAAAGUUUCAAGGAACAAACCAAAUCGCUCACUCAUGAAGAAUUGAUUACAUUGACGGAGGACGUUCAGCCAGCGGUGAAUCAGAGCAUCGAAGUGAAGAACAGUAUUAGAGUUUAAAUUGUUUGCUGCUGGAAAGCGAGAUCUUCCAGGCGUAAUAUAAUGAAGUGAAUUCCUGAAACAAUGCGUUUUGCCAAUGGAUCGUGAUUGAAGUUGAAGAAAGUAACAUAGCACUUAGCGCCGAAACACUUACCUAAUUAAGAAUUAAAGUUUAUGAAAACAGCAGUAACAAUUUCAUCAAUAUAUAUAUAUGAAUGGACUUAUGUAAUAUUUACCUAUCUCUCUCACACCACAAGCCACAAAUAAAUACACACACAUACACACACAAACGACAUGUAGGUUUAGUAGCUCGAGCGCAUUCGUUCGUUCCAAUAAGGAAUAUUUCAUUAUUUCCUUCAUUUUACAAAUGAUCAGCAUGAAUAUCGAUAACAUGUUCAACCAACAUUAGAGAAGAAAAAAACAACACGUUCAACAAAAUAUGUAUAUGAAAUCAAAAAAAAAAAAAAAAACACAAGUCAAAUC